GCAUUCAAACCUUGCAUCGAUGGUUUCCUAGCUGGUUGUAGGCCUUAUGUUGGUGUGGACUCAACGGCGCUAUAUGGAAAAUUUAAGGGCCAAUUAGCUUCAGCAACUGCUGUAGAUGGGCACAACUAGUUAUAUUUAUGUAGCCUUUGUUGUUUUUGACUCUGAAACUAAUGACAAUUGGAAAUGGUUCAUGAAACAGUUGCAUCGAGCUAUAGGUUCCCCACCUGGACUAGUUAUUUCCAGUGAUGCAUGCAAAGGAUUAGAAACAACCAUUAACCUUGUGUCCCCUCACUGUGAAAACCGAGAGUGCAUGGGGCAUCUGUAUGCAAAUUUCAUGCAGAAGUUCCAUGGUAAAGUGUAUACGGAUAACCUGUACCCAGCUGCAAGGACAUUCUCAGAGCGUAAGUUCAUGUAUCAUAUGAACCUAAUUAAAGAGGCAAACCCAUCAGCUAUUGAAUAUCUCGAUAUGCAUCACCAUAGGUUGUGGUACAGAUGUGGUUUUGGAGAAGCUAGCAAGGUUGACUAUUUGACAAACAACAUAUAUGAGAGUUUCAACAAGCAAAUAAAAGACUUCAAAGGCCUCAAUGUUUGCAACCUUUUUGAUAGAACUAGGGAGCUUAUCACGGAGAAGUUUUGUGUUAGAAGACAGAUUGGUGAAAGACUAAAGAGUAGAAUUCUUCCUCAUGUCAUUAAGCAGCUAAAUGCUCUAAGCAAAACCAUUGGUCGAAACAAGAUUCUUUGGACCACUGAACAUGAGGCGGAGGUUACUUUGCUGGAUGUGAAAUUUGUGAAAAGAGACAUUGUCAACUUACAAAACCGCACAUGUACUUAUAGAGUUUGGCAAGUCUCUGGAAAGCCAUGCAUGCACGCACUUGCUUUCAUUUGUAGCAUUAAUGGUGCCGAGAUUCAGACAUAUGUGGAUGAUUACUAUUUCGUGGAAAAGUUCAAGGCAACAUAUGCUGGGAGAAUCCCUUCCAUGACAGACAAGUCACAGCGGAUACAUGUGGAUUUGGGAUUCAAGGUGCACCCUCCUUUGCAGAAGGCAGUGGCUGGUAGGCCAAGAGUUCAAAGAAUUAGAGGAUGGCUAGAACCUGGAAGGAAAGUAGUGAAGUGCAAGAGAUGCAAGGAACCUGGGCACAUGGAGAAGACAUGCAAGGUUCCUGAUCCUAAAUAUGUGGCAGUAGAUGAUGAUAUACCUGAAGAUGAAGAUGUACUAGAUCCAUCUAUAUCGACAAACAAAAGGAAGAAAGAUGAUGAUGCAGGUGAUGCUGCAGAUAAUGAGGUCCUCAUCAACCUUAUAAGGAAAAAGGCUAGAACAACACCAGAAAAGUCGAACACAGGGACCAAGAAUAAGACAAAUGUGAAGAUAGCUACAACACAAGAGAAGACCAAGAACAAGACGCCUCUAACGAAAGCUCCAGGACAAGAGAAAUCCAAGAAAAAGACCCCAGUGAAGAAGACUACAUCGACAACGAAGAAAACAAAAAAGAAUGUUCCAUUUGCACCUGUGCUACCUCCGCCACCAUCGCCUCCAGUACUGCAGCCUCCAUCUGGUGCAAAACGAAGCCUCCUCUAUUGGCUUGGUGGCUGAUUCAAUCAUGUUUGUGAAACUAUGUAGCUUGUUGCUUUUGGUACUUCUUCCGCAUUCCAAAAUGUUUAAAGUCUUAUGUGAACUUAUUAAAAUGUGCUUGUGAGACUAUCUAUGAUUUUGUUUCAGUUC